CGCCCGGGCUGCCGGAGGGUCGCGGCGGCGGCGGCGGCGGCGGCGAAGCGUGGCCACGGCGCGCUCGGAAAGCCCUGGCAGGUCCGGGAUCUCUUCCGUAGCGGGGACCGGAAGUUUUCCGGAAGCUUCUGUGGUGGUUUGAACCCAAGCUGGAAGGAUGAGGAAGGGUUUACGGAAGGAGCGUAGGACAGGCGCCCUGAGCUCUGGGGGAAAGCGGCAUUACGAGGAUGCAACAAAACACCUAGUCCUGAAGCUCACCCAGUGUAUGAGGAUGGGGAGAGUGGAAAUAGGUCACUGACUGCAAAGGCAGAAAGGAGGGACAGAUGUUGUAGCAGUGAAACCCUGGAGCUAAUGACUAUUGAUGGAUUAGCAGCUGGAGGCCUGAGGCAAAGGGAACCUGAGUCCUUCUGAGGCAGAUGAACAGCGCCUGUGAGUUGUUGCUGUUGAUUUAAUGUGCUGCUGGGCCCCACUGUACCUGAGGUAAGCUGUUCCUACAUUACACAGGUAGCCUGUGUCACUUUUCUUGUGCAGUCUGUACUCUCUCACAAAAGGGAUUUUGAAUAGUGCUUGGAAAUACUCCUUUGUGUCAACGCUUCUGGUAACGCGUGAACUAGCAGGUGAAGGUCUGUAUUUUAGGUUAGCCUAGGGAAGAAUGAACUAUGUGAGGGGCUUGGGUAAAAGUUGGUUUUAAACCUAAAGCCCAAGUAACAGGGAUUAACAGGAGUGAAGAUCCUUUUGGAAAGCCUGAAGGAGCUGUUGAUCAUGACCUGUGGAAAAACUGCAGAUCAGAUUGCCAGGGACCUGAUUCUAGUCCACAGACUUUCAGUGGACUUUCAGACCACAAAAAACAGAGAAGGAUGGAUGCUUGCUUCUCAUGUACAGGCUCCUCAGUGUGGACCAGCCCAGUGGGUAAAGGAGAUUGUCUUUAAAGUUCAGCAGGAUGUUGAUGCCUGGCCUCACAUAGGGGAAAGAAUUUUUCGUUGCAUUAAUUGGGUGGAAUUGCCCACUCCAUUUCUUAGAGUAGUAAAUUGACCAACACUGGAUGGCAGUCAUUGUGCUGGCUGGUGUGAGGAAAAUCAGCUUAUGUAGAACUCCAUUUUCUCUCAUUCCUACUUUGAUUUUCUUUGAAAACCAUAAUACCAGAGUUUUGUUGAUAUUUUGUGAGUAGGACGUGUACCAGUAAGUACAGAAGUGCUCACUUUGCUUAGGCAAAUGGCAAAUGGAGAGUUGAUGCAGUAAAUGAACUAGGAUAAACUAAUUUGGCUCUUGUUGUGCAGGCCACAAUUACCUGUGAAGAAGCAGCUUCCAUACGGUACCCUGCCCCGCUAGGAGCUGCAUCAGUUGUAGGAGACUGUACAGAGGUUACAGCAGGAAGCAGAGAGACACCAUGCUUCAGGCUGUCUUUGUAGCAGCAUUGUUAGGACAGGGGACAGGAUACCUUCUUGGCUCCUUUGCCGGUUAUUGCUCCUUUAGGUUUGAAGAGAAAUGUGUUACAGAAUUGUGGAAGGCAGCCCUGAGCAUGUUAGUGAGCACAGACUGACAGGGGAGAAAGAGGUUACAAAAACUUUAAUGCUUUUAUUCUCAGUGUUACUGGCUGCUGGGAUACACGCUCUCAGGCUAGGGGAUGUGGGCAGAUAUUUGCAGAUCUGCAGCUUUCUUACUCUCCUCCUCGUCUGCUCCUCUUAUCCUCUGCAUUUCUGCAGGUGAUGGAAUGAUAAGGAGAGGGCAGGCAACACUACAGCCUGCCUUAUCUGCACUAUUUACAUACUCCUCAACUGGCCUGUUAGCUGAGGCAUUUUUUAAUUCAUGGAAGUGAAAAAUAUCCAAUGUCCUUUUUUAUUCUGCUCUUUAUUGACUUUAGUCAUUCAUUUUACAUCCAACCAACACAUACCUAAGGCUCUGAUUUUUCUAUGAAUUUAAUGCCUUCAAAACAGAAAGCACUGCCAGCAUCUUGCUGAACUCCAGCUUUGGAAAAACUGGAAGAGUUAGUGGGAGCUUAAAAAAAUCUUAGCUCCCUUGAAGAGAAUGGAAACCUGAAAAACUGAAGAGAAUGGAGAGUUACUCCUUAAUCCCUCUACUGCUACCUAUCUGUGAUGCUAUCAUAUGAAUGUAGUCUGGAGCUAGCAAGAGGUAGAGCAUGGUAACACCCGGGUUUUACUGGUCUGCUUGUUUUAGACAAACCCAGUGAUGGUCUGAGCUGACAUGGCUUCUAGUUUCUGUAGCUGGAUGGAUAAUGGAAAAAUAUUUCACUCAGUUUAAUGAGAUGUAGAUGGUCUGUCAAAUUUUGUUGUAUUUUUCUUGAAAAUUCAGAGGUGAAGAAAGAGAAGCUUUGGUGGGAAAAUUUUUAUUUUAAGUAUUUUUCUAAGAUCUAGUGAGUCUGGGACCAUAUAGGAUGAUCAAAUAGUCUUUGUGCUUUUCGGGAAAAGAAAGGAAGCCCAGUAACGUACAAUUUUUUUCUUCCUCUGCUGUUCUGGGAGACUCCUCUGUUUUGAAAAAACUGCAUUAGCUCUGUCUAGCUUCACUAAGUGUCCUGCUCACUUUUGCUUCUCAAAUAAGUACUUUUCUUCUUUGCGUUACAUGUAGUUAAAUUAAAAUAGGUUAAUCAAUAACUGUGUUCAGCAGCAGCUGAGCACUCUCGUAUAUUCACAGCCGUAAAUCCUCUAAAAAUCUGUCUUUUGCUUUUGUGUAGGUAUUGACAUAUUGCAUAUUGCUGAGUCCUCCAGUGGAAAGUAGAAAACAAAAUGUAUCUAUUCCUCCUUUGCAUUUUAUAUUUGCCUUUGAAAAUCACUGACACCAAGGAAGUUAUUUUUGGUCAAAAUAAUUUUACAGAAUAUCAAGUGGGCAACAUGAACAUAAUUCUUUCUGUCCCACAUGGUGGGUCGAUGGAACCUGAGGACAUUCUUGAUCGAGAUGCUGGCUGUUGGGAUGCAAAGACGUCCUCUUGUAUUUUCUCUCAUGACUGCCCUCCUGGAAGCAUUCAAAAUUUUAAGAAGUGCAAGGUGCUUACCAACCAAGACAGGUAUACCAUAGAGGUGGCUCAGGCCCUUGCUAAUGAAAUCAGCAACAUUACUGAUGGCUUUUUUCCACAUAUCAUUGUAAACCAUCUCCAAAGAUUCAAGAUGGAUGCGAACAGGGAAAAGGAAGAAGCCUCUUUUGGAAUUCCCCAAGCAGAACAAGCCUGGGAGGAAUAUAUGGGAUUUCUGAACACUGCAAAAUCACAGAUGACGGGGGGGCUGAUUCUGGAUAUCCAUGGACAAGCACACCCUGAACAGUGGAUAGAACUAGGUUACACGCUUUCAAAAACUUCCCUCAACUUGCGGGUCUUUUCUGCAUCAUGUUCCUCUAUUAGUCAUCUGGCCAAUCAGCUAGUCAAUGUGUCUUUUGAGACUUUGCUCACAGGGAACAGAAGUUUGGGUGGAUAUAUUGAAGAACAAAAUAACCAUUAUAUCUGUGUGCCUUCUCCAUCCAAUCCUAGUCCAAACAAUGGUAGCUAUUAUAGUGGUGGAUACAUCACAAAGACUUUCGGCUCUCGUACUUCUGGCACAAUUGAUGCCAUUCAGAUUGAACUGCCCCAGUGGGUGAGGGCAGCUGAAGAACGUCCCAAGUUUUGUAAAGCGCUAGCAAGGGCUGUAAUGAAAUUCUGGCAAACUAACUACUGCAAUCAGUACAGCCGUAAGCUUCUGCCAUGCUGAAAAAGGCUGUCUUUGUUGAGGUUGCUUCCCAUAAUAUAGUUGUGAUCUGGAACAACAGAAGAACUGAUACAGCUGAAACAUUUAAACUUGCAAUCAGUCAUGGAUACUAAAGGAAAUAAGCUAAUCUGCAAACCAAUAUAGGAACAUCAACUGAUUGAGAAAAUCUACAAUUAGUACCAGCGAACCAAUUAACAAACAUCUUUGUACUAGAUCCAACAGUGAAAAGACUGCCUGAAGAUGAGUGGACAUCUCUGGAACUAUCACUUGUCUGAUACACUUUUCUGUUCUCAAUUUCUUUCCAGUGGCAUCCUCUGUUCUGUAGGAUACAAUAAACAGAUAUACUUGUCCUAAAUAA